ACCUCCUCUCUUCUCUCUCUCUGCCUCCUAACCAAAGACAUCAUCUUUGCCUUCGUUUUCGAUGGAGACCUUGGAGAAGCCGGCACCCGGCGAGACCAGCGUCGCGCCUCCACCGCUGCAACAUCACGAAGGAGAAGACGCUGACGACGCUGAGAAGCUAUCUCGUAAGUUUAGCACCACAUCUUUGUGUUCCACCGAGAACAAUGACGAUGAUGAGCCUGAAGAUGAUGAAGAGGAUGAUAAGAAUCUCCAGGUCCCUCUUGGCCCUCAGGUUCCUCUCAAGGAACAGCUAGAGAUGGAUAAGGAUGAUGAGAGCUUGAGGAGGUGGAAGGAACAGUUGCUUGGGAGUGUUGAUCUCUCUGAUGUUGGAGAUGUUGCUGAGCCAGAAGUGAAGAUUCAAAGCCUUACAAUUGUAACUCCUAAUCGCCCUGAUCUUGUUCUGCCAAUCCCUUUUGUGCCAAAUGCCAAGGGAUAUGCAUUCUGUCUUAAAGACGGAAGCCGUUACCGUCUCAAAUUCUCCUUCACCGUUACCAACAACAUUGUUUCAGGGCUUCGAUACACUAAUACUGUAUGGAAGACUGGAGUUAGAGUUGAGAACACCAAGGUAAUGCUUGGAACAUUCAGUCCUCAAAAAGAACCUUACAUAUAUGAACUGGAAGAAGAGACUACACCUUCUGGUAUAUUUGCAAGAGGGUCCUACUCUGCCAAAACAAAGUUUGUAGAUGAUGAUGGUAAGUGCUAUUUAGACAUCAGCUACUUCUUUGAAAUCAGAAAGGAUUGGCCUACACCUUCUUGAGCAAUUCUGGACACACAACUACUUAUUGAAUGAACAGGUUGUGAAGCCAAAUGUUGUCCCAUUUAAUUGUUUUCUAACAAACCUGCUAAUAAAUUUCUCUCCAUCAAUUUUAGGUGAGUGAACUUUUACUAAUUAUUCUCUGUAGGACAAUGAUCCUUCAAGAAGAAGUCCGACAAGAGUUUCAUGUGUACCGAACAACUAUUGUUGCAAGCUGAGAUCUUGUUAUCUAGAUAGAUGAUUCUUGUGUAAUUGUUUGAAUACUUUUAUCAAUUAUGUUUUCUUGGUUUUCCAUAUAUUCAUUACCUUUGUUA